AUGGAAGAAGCAACACCUAUCCAGGCUACCUACAAAACAGAAGAAGGCCGCCAGACUCCAGAAAACGUUCCACAUCUUCCUUCGUUCCCCAGCUUAAAGAGUUCCCUCUAUCGACAUCGCCGAACAACACUACCUGUCCUGCCACAGACCAGAGCUGAUUUUCACCUUGAGGGGCUGUGGACCACUACCAGGGAUGGAAGAAUAUCCCCCCUCUGCGCAGACGGUGACGAAGACAAGAUCCUGAUCUUUUCCACUGAUGAGCAGCUGAGGUGUCUUGCGGAAGUUUAUACGGUCUACAUGGAUGCCUUUGAAAAACCAGAAGUAAGGUAUGCUCUUCUCGGCGAAGCAGGAAUCUUUGUUGUCAUCAUCGUCAUCUACUUUUUGGUCAAGCGUUGCAAAAAGAAGAAAGCAAAGAGAGCUUCACCGAAAGAAAGGGUUGCCAUAUAUCGCCCAAUGCCCCCGAAGCUUGAGGGCACCAAGAACGGUUAUUCAGCUGCUGACGUUGAAUUUGUAAAUAGAGAUCGUCAAACAAAUGUCAAACAACCCCAGCAUGGUGAUGGCGUUAAUGAAGGUGAUUAUGACGUGUUGUGGAAGUGGAAUCCAAAGCGGUUUAAGGUGGCGGAGACCCAAGGCGUGUACAGUCAUCUGGUGAUGACAAGCGGGAUGAAUGAGUGCCCGGACCCAGACCAGUAUGACACGACGAGGCGGGUGUUGGCGGAACGACGGGCCAGGCCUGAGGAAGACUUGUAUAACAAGAUGGCCAUACCUAAUGUGUAGAUACCAGCUAUGAAAGCUCACCUGGUCAUCAUCCAUCGUCAGUAAUCCCCGUGUUUGAAUACGUGCGGUUGCUUUGCUAUUCUUAAGUAACGAUUCCAGCGACGGGGAAACCUGCAGGUUCUGAUGACAUGGGCAGCACUUCUCGUGAACCAUGUGCCGCAGCACCCAUUACAUCCCAUUACGGGUCAGCCAUUGUUCAGUUUCAGACAAAGCUCGAACUCGCACAAGCUUCACGCACGGCUAAAAUGACUUCCGUGAGUUAUACAUAGAACACGUCCCAUUUUAAUUCUGGAAACCCAAAAGUCCAGAAACUCUACGGUCUUUGCCCAGUCUCGGUUAAAGGUAUUUACA